UGUAUACACUUUUACUGGACGUAUCGGAGGUGACAGAUUUCGGACGAUGUGCGUGGUCAAGUGACGGUACGCGGAUUUUAUACUGAAGUGCACCGAAGUGUUGGUUCUCUCUAGUGUGUGCGCCCAAGCCCCGAUGAGUGUGUGUCUACCCGAUGUGUGUGGAUAAAAUUCACGGCAUCAUGUUGCCACGACGAAAAUUGGAUUACGCAUCGAUGGCGUGUCUCCUUCUGCCUCUGUUUAUCGCCGUUUCUCUCCCCGCGGUAUCCGGUAUCGUGUCGUGUUCGCCCAGCCCUUGCAAGAACGGAGGAGUCUGCGUGUCACCGUUGCGCGGCGAGUCGCAUUGCGAAUGCACGUCGAAAUUCGUGGGGGAGUACUGCCAGCAUCUAAAUCCCUGCCACACGGGCCCACGGUGCCAGAACGGUGGUUCGUGCAGGGUGAAGGAAAGCAUCGGGGGUGGUACGCCAUCGUUCGCUUGCUCCUGCCCCGUCGGAUUUACAGCGAGCCUCUGCGAGAUCCCGCUCGAGAACGCGUGCGACUCGUCCCCGUGCCUGAACGGCGCCACUUGCAACUUGAAGUCUCUCCACGAAUACGUGUGCACCUGCGCCACUGGAUACACCGGCGAGCACUGCGAGCAACAAGACCACUGCGCCUCCUCGCCUUGUCGAAACGGGGCCGAGUGUCUAUCGCUGGAGGACAGCUACAAGUGCACGUGUGCACCCGGCUUUACGGGCCCGAAUUGCGCGGACGACAUCGACGAAUGCGACAGGAACCCGUGCAGACACGGCUCCUGCAAGAACAUUCACGGAUCGUACAAAUGCAUGUGCACGAGCGGAUACACUGGCCAAAAUUGCGAGAACGAGUACAUUCCCUGCAACCCAUCGCCGUGUAAAAAUGGCGGCACGUGUCACCAGACCGACGAUUUGGAUUACGAGUGCAUCUGUCCCGAGGGUUUCCGCGGAGAUCAUUGCGAGGAGAACAUCGACGACUGUCCAGGGAAUCUGUGCCAGAACGGGGCGACCUGCAUAGACAGGAUAAACGAAUACUCGUGUCUUUGUCCACCGUCGUACACGGGGACGCAGUGCGAGCUGGACGUGGACGAGUGCUCGGUUCGUCCAUCGUUGUGCCACAACGGCGCCACGUGCACCAAUUCGCCCGGUAGUUACUCGUGCAUAUGCGUGAAUGGAUGGACAGGGCCCGACUGCAGCGUCAACAUCGACGAUUGCGCAGGUGCCGCCUGCUUCAAUGGCGCUACCUGCAUCGACCGUGUUGGCAGCUUUUAUUGUCAAUGCACCUACGGGAAAACCGGUUUAUUGUGCCAUCUGGACGACGCGUGCACCUCGAAUCCCUGCCACGAGGGCGCGAUCUGCGACACGAGCCCGGUCAACGGAUCGUUCGCCUGCUCCUGCGCCACCGGUUACAAGGGGGUCGACUGCUCGGAGGACAUCGACGAGUGCGAGCAGGGAUCCCCUUGCGAGCACGACGGUAUUUGCGUGAACACGCCCGGCUCGUUCGCCUGCAACUGUACGCAAGGAUUCACGGGGCCGAGAUGCGAAACGAACGUGAACGAGUGCGAAUCCCAUCCCUGUCAGAACGAUGGCUCCUGUCUCGACGACCCUGGAACCUUCCGCUGCGUCUGCAUGCCUGGUUUCACAGGCACCCAAUGCGAGAUCGACAUUGACGAAUGCGCGGAAAGGCCGUGUCUAAAUGGAGGUGUCUGCACCGAUUUGAUCAACUCCUUCAAAUGCACGUGUGCGAACGGUUUCGCUGGUUCCCACUGUCAGAUCAAUAUAGACGACUGCGCCUCCUCGCCAUGCAAGAACGGCGGUAUCUGCCAGGACUCGAUAGCCAAGUACACGUGCGACUGUCCACCAGGAUUCACCGGCGCCUCCUGCGAGACGAACAUCAACGACUGCCAAUCGAAUCCCUGCCACAGUGGCACCUGCAUCGAUGGAGAGAACAGCUUCAGCUGCAAUUGCUUUCCAGGAUUCACCGGGAAGCUGUGCCAGACGCAGAUCGACGAGUGCGAGAGCAACCCCUGCCAGUUUGGAGGAAGGUGCGAAGACCGUAUUAACGGGUACCAAUGUAUUUGUAGACCUGGAACGUCUGGGACGAACUGCGAGGUGAACGUGAACGAAUGUUAUAGCAAUCCAUGUAGAAAUGGAGCAAGGUGCAUCGAUGGUAUCAAUAGAUAUUCGUGCGAGUGCGAGCCAGGUUUUACCGGCCAACACUGCGAAACGGACAUCAACGAAUGCGCCAGCAAUCCUUGCGCAAAUGGCGGCCGUUGCAUAGAUUUGAUAAAUGGAUUCCGGUGCGAGUGUCCCCGUGGUUAUUACGACGCUAGAUGCCUGAGCGACGUGGACGAGUGCGCGAGCAAUCCCUGCGUGAACGGCGGCACCUGCGAGGAUGGCGUCAACCAAUUUAUCUGCCACUGUUUGCCCGGUUACGGUGGCAAGAGAUGCGAGGCGGAUAUCGACGAGUGCGGCUCGAAUCCUUGUCAACACGGCGGCACGUGCAACGAUCAUUUGAACGGGUACAGCUGCAAGUGUCUGGCUGGAUACGCUGGCACCAAUUGCGAGACGAACAUCGACGAUUGCGCGAACAAUCCUUGCCAGAAUGGCGGCUCCUGCAUCGACCUGGUCAACGAUUACAAAUGCGUCUGCGAGCUUCCCCACACGGGGAGGAAUUGCGAGGAUAAGCUGGAUCCUUGUUCGCCUAACAAAUGUCUUCAUGGCGCCAAGUGUUCACCAUCCUCCAACUUUCUCGACUUCGCGUGCACUUGCACGGUCGGUUACACUGGCAGACUCUGCGACGAGGACGUCGACGAGUGUGUGAUGACGUCUCCGUGUAGAAACGGUGCUACUUGCAGAAACACCAAUGGCUCCUAUCAAUGCCUUUGCGCAAAAGGGUACGAAGGUCGGGAUUGUAUCAUUAACACCGACGAUUGCGCUUCUUUUCCCUGUCAAAAUGGUGGCACUUGCUUGGACGGUAUCGGCGACUAUACUUGCCUCUGCGUGGACGGUUUCAGCGGGAAACAUUGCGAAAUCGACGUGGACGAAUGUUUAUCGCAACCGUGUCAAAAUGGUGCUAUAUGUAAAGAAUACGUGAACUCGUACACCUGCCAAUGUCAACUCGGAUUUUCCGGUAUAAAUUGUCAAACGAAUGACGAGGAUUGUACGGACAGCAGUUGCAUGAACGGUGGUAAAUGCAUAGACGGUAUCAACAAUUAUACAUGCGUUUGCAAACCUGGCUACACAGGUUCGAAUUGUCAGUAUCGUAUCAACGAAUGCGACAGUUUGCCCUGCCUCAAUGGUGCCACUUGUCACGAUCACGUUCAAUAUUACACCUGUCACUGUCCCUACGGUUAUACCGGGGCUAGAUGCGACCAAUACGUCGACUGGUGUGCGGAUAAUCCUUGCGAAAAUGGGGCUACUUGUAUCCAGAAGAAGAACAAGUAUCAAUGCAAUUGUUCCCCCGGUUGGACCGGUAAAGUCUGCGACGUAGAGAUGGUUUCUUGCAAGGAUGCGGCUAUAAGGAAGGGAGUGCCCGAGAAAAAUCUUUGCAACAAUGGCACUUGCGAGGACAUAGGCAACAGCCACCGUUGUCAUUGUCUGGAAGGGUACACGGGCUCUUACUGUCAAGAAGAGGUAAACGAGUGCGAUUCCGCCCCCUGUCAAAAUGGAGCCACCUGCAAGGAUCUUAUUGGAUCUUAUCAAUGCCAGUGUACCAAAGGUUUCCAAGGACAGAAUUGCGAGCUUAACGUGGACGAUUGCAAGCCUAAUCCCUGCCAGAAUGGCGGUACGUGUCACGAUCUUAUCAGCAACUUCAGUUGCUCUUGCCCCCCUGGAACCUUGGGUUUUAUAUGCGAGCUCAACGUGGACGAUUGCACGGUCGGCGCUUGUCACAACAACGGAACGUGCACCGAUAAGGUUGGCGGAUUCGAAUGCAAAUGCCCUCCAGGAUUCGUAGGACCUAAAUGCGAAGGCGACAUAAACGAGUGUUUGUCCAAUCCUUGCGCCUCGCCAGGAACUCAAGAUUGCGUGCAAUUGAUCAACAAUUACCAUUGCAAUUGCAAGCCUGGAUACAUGGGACGGCACUGCGAGGUAAAAGUGAACUUCUGCGACAGCUCACCGUGUCAGAAUGGGGGUGUUUGUACCGCGAAACAGGCCGGACACACGUGCCUUUGCCCUAACGAUUAUUACGGGAACAACUGCGAAUUCGCAGGUUCUUAUUGCGACAGAGAACCUUGCUUGAAUGGCGGUACUUGCAGAGUAGCCGAGACAGAAGUUGGAUAUAGGUGUUACUGUCCCCUUGGAACGACAGGAACGCAUUGCGAGAUAGAUGCCAGGGACGAGUGCGCAAGUAAUCCGUGCCAACAAUCUAACGCUGUUUGCAAAAAUCUUCUUGGCGAUUACGCUUGCGAUUGCCCACCAAAGUGGACCGGUAAAAACUGCGAAAUUUAUGACCCCACCUACAGAGGAGGUAUCUUCGGCACUUCCAACUCCAAUAUCCAAAAGACCAUGAAUGCAUACGAUCUUGAUUUGGAAUUGGAAAGGAAGAAGUGCAUUGAGAACAGGUGCGAAGAAAAAUCUGGUAAUCAUCAUUGCGACGAAGAGUGCAACAGAUACGCUUGCAAUUUUGACGGGAACGAUUGUUCGUUGGGCAUCAAUCCGUGGCGUAAUUGCACCGCUCCGAUCAAUUGCUGGGACGUUUUCAUGAACGAUAUCUGCGACGAGGUUUGCAACAAUCCUCAGUGUUUAUUCGACGGAAGAGAUUGCGAAGGAAAAUUGGCACCUUGCAACCCGAUUUACGACGCCUAUUGUCGCAAACAUUACGCCGACGGUUUCUGCAAUUACGGUUGCGACAACGAAGAGUGUAACUGGGACGGUCUCGAUUGUGAUACGAAGCCGCCGUCGUUGGCUGAAGGCGUGAUCUCGGUAGUGGUGAGGAUGGACAUGAUGACGUUCCGCUCCAACGUGGUCGCUUUCCUGAGGGACAUUGGCCACGAGUUGAGAACGACGUUAAGAGUAAAGCAAGACGAGCUUGGCAACGAUAUGAUAUAUCCAUGGAGAAGGGAACGUGAUCCAGGAUUGCAGACUAGCAUUUUCGGUCGGCCCACCACGAUCUACACGAACGCUCAGAGCGGCGUAAUAGCUUAUCUGGAGAUCGACAAUAGAAAAUGUACCGUCACUCAAGGGGCGGUGUGUUUCCCAUCGGCAAACGAGGCAGCGGAAUAUUUGGCAGCUACAGCGUCCAAACAUUCCUUGUCGCGAAACUUCCCCAUCGAGCAAGUCCGUGGCGUGGUUGGACCGCAGGGUCCCGAGUAUCCGGACACCCCGACCAACUACAAGUACGUCUUCAUCGGUGUGGUCAUCGUGGUGCUUGGAGGGAUGUUGGUCGGCGUUCUGGUCACGGCGCAGAGGAAACGAGCGGUGGGCGUCACCUGGUUCCCAGAAGGAUUCCUGCGUACGAGCAGCGGGAGCGGGCAGCGUCGAAGAUCGAGGAGACGCGGCCCGGACGGGCAGGAGAUGAGGAACUUGAACAAGCAACCUUCGGUCAACUGCAUGGAUCUGGAUGUCGGGAAUGGAAGGGCUCAGCAGUGGUCGGACGACGAGUCGGAUUUGCCGCCUUCGAAGAGAAUGAGGGCUAUAGAGCCUGGAUACGCGAGCGAUCACACUGCCAUUACGGAUUACGAGGAAACGGAGCCUCGAAUGUGGACGCAGCAACAUUUAGACGCGGCAGAGAUCCGUAGGCCGGACGCUGGGGUUUUAACACCGCCCAGCCUCGAGCACGGCCAGGACGUGGACGCCAGAGGACCCUGCGGGAUGACGCCGUUGAUGGUGGCGGCUGUGCGGGGCGGAGGAUUGGACACCGGAGAGGAGGAGGACGAAAGUGACGGGACAGCCGCCGUGAUAGCCGACCUGGUCGCCCAGGGUGCGGAUUUGAACGCCACCACGGAUAAGAGCGGCGAGACGUCGCUUCAUCUGGCGGCAAGGUACGCCAGGGCGGACGCGGCCAAGAGGCUGCUGGACGCUGGAGCGGAUGCCAACUCCCAGGACAAUACCGGCCGCACCCCUCUCCACUCUGCCGUCGCUGCUGACGCGAUGGGAGUGUUCCAAAUACUGCUGAGGAACAGAGCUACGAAUCUGAACGCGCGUAUGCACGAUGGGACGACUCCGUUGAUCUUGGCCGCUCGCCUGGCCACGGAGGGAAUGGUGGAAGACCUGAUCAACGCGGACGCCGAUAUCAACGCAGCCGACAACAGCGGAAAAACUGCUCUUCACUGGGCCGCAGCCGUUAACAACGUGGACGCUGUGAACAUACUUUUGGUUCACGGAGCGAACAGAGACGCCCAGGAUGACAAGGACGAAACCCCGUUGUUCCUCGCAGCCAGAGAGGGAAGCUUCGAGGCGUGUAAAGCGUUGCUCGACACGUUCGCCAACAGGGAGAUCACCGAUCACAUGGAUCGAUUGCCGAGAGAUGUUGCCAGCGAGAGAUUGCAUCACGACAUUGUUAGACUGCUGGACGAGCACGUGCCCAGAUCACCGCAGAUGGUGAAUGUGAUACCAAACGGUCCUCUCAUGGGAUCUCCGAAUCAUCCACAACUGAUCACGCAUCCCACGGUGAUCGGUUCCGCGCCGAAACAAGCAAAGUCGAAGAAGCGGCCGAAAGCUGGUUCCACGGGGAAUCCAAACAGUCCCGAGUCGGAGGGGGGAGUGGUGGUGGUAAGGCGAAAACCUUCGGUAAAGAAGCCACCGGCGAAGCGGGGCGCCCAGCCCCCAAACCAGGAGAUCCCUCAGGGGGCGGAGGGGGCGGAGGGAAACUUGCCAAGCCCGUACGACAGCGCAAGCUUGUACAGCAACGCGAUCCCGUUGGUGGGGCACACGGCAACGGCGAAGCAACCGCCACCUUACGAGGAUUGCAUAAAGGGGCAAUCGAUGCAAGGCCUUCAACAGUUGGGCCUGGACACGUUCACGACAAAUUACGGUUUGCCUAAUUUUCACGACCAAUUGUUAGCCUCUCACCAACGACAAGCGCAAGGAAUGGUGAACACGUUGUCGCCGCCCUAUAGCAAUCAGUCGCCGCCACACUCGGUGCAGUCGAACAUGACCCUGUCGCCGCAGGCGAGCUACAUGGGCUCGCCGUCCCCGGCCAAAAGCAGGCCGUCGUUGCCCACCUCGCCCACCCACAUCGCCGCUAUGAGACAGGCGACGCAUCAAAAGCACGGCGGCAUGCCACCAGUGGGAUUCGAUUUUGAGAAUCUUCCCUACUCGUCGAGCCAGCAGCAGCAGCAGCAACAGCAACAACAGCAGCAGCAACAGCAACAGCAGCAACAAAUGCAACAAACGCAACAACAAAUCCAACAGCAGCAGCAGCAACAGCAGCAGCAGCAGCAGCAGCAGCAGCAAAGCACGCAACAGCAACAGCAGGCGCAGCAACAGCAAGCGCAACAACAGACGCAGCAAUACUAUCAGUAUUUGACGCCGCCCUCCCAUCAUUCCGGACCGGACGUGACGCCGCAGCACUUGAUGCAAGCGCCGGAAAGCUUCCCGACGCCGUCCCCGGACAGCCCGGGCCACUGGUCCUCCAGUUCGCCGCACUCGAACAGCGACUGGUCCGAGUGUAUGCGUCGCCGAACGCGUACGGUGCCGGAGCCGCCCACCAAAGUAACAAGGGCUCCGAAGCGAUCUAUAUAUGAAGGCGGAGGUGCUCUCUGGCUCGCGCGAGUAAGUCGUAAAAUCGAGUGUAAAACGAAACGAAUUACUGUGAUCGGUACUCGUCGAGUUCGAGGGCUGUCCUCGCCGAUUUUUAUUUUGUUACAAGCGGUAUCUCUUAUAGGAGAUAGAUCCGACGCUCUCUCGUUAAGGUCGACGGUGUAACGAGAUUGUGGAUCGUUUUACGCCUUGGGUACAGGAGAGGCGUGAGCGUACACAUGCGUACACUGCUAUUAUCACAGCUCUAUAUAUAUAUAAAUAUUUAUGAAUAUAAAUAUAGAUGAAUAAUUAUAUAUAUAUGUAAUGCAAAGGAAUAUUUUUGGAUCGAGAAACAUAUAUACACACGCCUCGUUUAAUAUAGGUCGUUCAAAUCGAUAUUGUGCCUUUUCUUGAAGAACUAUAAAGAUCGUUUUUUUAACUAUGCGUGAUCGAGAUAUUAUACGAUAAACGAUGUACUCAGCUCAGUGCAUCAUAAGCUCAACGAACAAUGGUGCCUUCGACUUGCCACAGUGUGAAGACCCGAUAGACAGUUUUCUCCUUUUUUUUUUUUUUUUCUUUUUUUUAAAUAAUUAUAAGGAACGAUACCUUGCUAUCUAUAUACAAUAGUUAUUGUACAUAGGACAAUAUGGAAAAACGGAGAAUCGUCCAUGCCGUCACGAGUGUGUUCGAUACAGGGACCAUUAUAUAGAGUGUAAUAUGUAAUAUUCUAUUUAAAUAUGUGUAACGCACAAUAUUUUCUUAACGAACCGAAAGAGAAAAGAUAUAUGCGGAUCGACGUAUGUCUGUCCAUAAGCUGCGAUAGUCUCAUGAGGCACCUGUAACACGCGACACUUAUUGUUUAGACAAGUUGUAAUUGAAAUCCACAGAGAGAGAGAGAGAGAGAGAGAAGGGAUUGCUCCGCGUUGGACGGAAAGUCGUGAAUCGUGCCUUCGAAAUAACAGUUAGGGUAUAAGGAAUUCUUGCGUAGAUAAAUCUAUUAAAUUAUGUAUCUUGAAACGCAGCGUUUCCAAAUGGCCUUUAACACCGAUCUUAUUACCGAUUAACUAGUAUAGCAUACUAUAUUAAAUGUAAGAUACAAAAGGCGAUGUAAGUUUUUUUUUUCACGGUCGACGGGAGCCUCAGAGAAAUCGUCUUCAACCCGUGAACGGGAUCAACGUUCCAUACGCAGACAUUCCAUUCGAACGAUGUUUAUUCUUCUUUUUUUUUUUUUUAAAUACCUUAUUGCUCUCUUCCUUUUCUCGAUUUCAACGCGAGGAUUAUCCGCGGAUUAUUGCCAAGAUCUCUUUUUAAAUAAAAUAAAAAAAAGAAAAAAAAAAAAUUCGUUCAAAGAUCGUGUCAAAUUCGCGGAUAUUCGCAUCUUGUAUACGCUAUCUAUCGGAUUUCGUUUUUUAUUGUACUAACUAGCGUAAUUAUCGUUUAAAAAUAAAAUUAAGCUGAUAGACGGGCGGUAAGACGAUUCGCUGAUCUCUCAUCUGCCAAAGCCAAAACGAGAGAGUUUUCUUCCUCGAAAGAGAAAGAGAGAAAAAAAAAUGCGUGAUCGGCGGCGUAACCAGAUUUGGUGGUAUGUACGCAUAAUAGAAUAUUAGGUAUUAAUCCGUAGAUUGUUACGAGAGAAAAGAAACAAUUAUUCGUCGAUGUAUCGUGGAAGACGUUGGAGCCUCGUUUCACGCGUUCACCGCAACAUGGACGCGGAUUUAUAGCGGUACGAUAAUCAUGUUUUUUUUCCCCCCUGAAUCUUGUUUAAUCUCGUUCGCUUUUCUUUAAACAGAGAGAAUUUGUAAAUAUAUAUCUUAUACAUCUAUUCUUUCUAUUUACGCUCUGUUCUCCACUCAUUAUUUCUAUCCGCUCAUCUAUAAAUUCGUGGUAUAUUCGAAUUUCUUUUCUUUCCAUGUAAUUGUCUUUUCUCUCGAUUUUGUACAAAACUGUUUUUACAUAUAUUUUUUUUUUUUUUUUUUUAUAUAUAUAUAUUAUAUAAGGAGCUAGAUUAUCGAUAGUUUUGUAAGACGAUAUACAUAUAAUAAUGUUUCCUUUUUAUCGUAUCACAAUAUGGAUCAUCGAACAGAGAAAAAAAAAAUAUAUAUAUAUAUAUAUUAUAUGUAUAAAAAGUAUAAUAUAUAUAUUUUAUAUAUAUAUAUAUAUUUGCAUAUAAGCAUAUGUAAUUAAUUGUUGCAUUUGAGGAUCGACGCGAUCAUGUUCCUUAAUGCAAUUCUGAAUUACGUGUUAACAAGUGUGAUGGAGAUUCCCCCCCUCCCCCUCCCCCUUCCCUUCGAGACAUUAGAACGCAUAUGGGUCCAACGCAAUUUUCUAUGAUAUAUUUUCGCGAAACCUAUAAUAAUGCUCCUAAGGAGAGACAUUUUUUUAUUUAUAUAUAUAAAAGAAUAUAUAUAUAUAUAUAUAUAUAUAUAUGUAUACAUAGAAUCUUUGUAACGAAUUAAGUGUAUCUUCACACGACUGCCUUUGUAUUUGUUAAAGCCACGAAAAGUCUGCCAAAUAGCGAACGACGAAAAUAUCAAGAGAUAUGUUAAUAUUCUUUUUUUUUUUCUUUUCUCUUUUUUUUUUUUUUUUUUUAAAUAAUAUAUUGUAAAGAAUCAGACACGAGCUCAGACAAUAAAUGACGCGUGAUAGAAUUUAUAGUAUAUUCGAUCAUAUUAUAUUGUUACAUACGAUGAUGAAUUUGAUAUUUUUUUAAUCAGAUGUAUGAUUCAGAGACGAUGUAAUGGAUAAAUAGAACGUGGAAAGGAGAUUUUUUUUGAAAAGGAAGAUUGUUAAAUUAAGCGUAAAAUUAAGAUGUAAAAGAUCAUUGUGUCAAUUGUGUUCAAAAUUUAAAUGAAAUGUAAUAAUUGCGAUACGCAUCGAUCUUUUUUUAAUGAAGAAAAAAAAAGAAGAAGAAGAAGAAGAAGAAGAAGAAAGUGCGAAAGAGAUGAAUAGAUAAGUUUACACGCUCCAAUUUACAGUUAUCUAUGAUAAGUUUAGAAAGAAACUUCCAAUUAUUGAUAGAUUCUUGUUAUUCCUUUGUAACUUGUAAAAAGUACUGAGUUUUAUUAGUAUUAACUAUUCUAUAAACUAAGGAUUUGUUUGAUCCUAUUAUAUCCUGCCUUCCCUCCCCCCCAUCUCUUCCUUUAUUGUCCCUUUUACAUCCGGUACCCUCCAAUCCUCAAUAUUUUUUAUAAAUAAGUUAUGUCUUUUAAACAGAUGUAAUAAUAAAGAUAAUCUAACAUUCACAA